AGGCAAAACAACACCAAAAAGGGAAAAUAAAACUCUCAUUGGAAACAAGUCGAACCCUAGUUUAAACUUCCAAAGUCGAAACAUUCAACAAAACUCAUCUACUUUCACAACUCUUAUACAUUGAACAUGAACCCCACCACCACCACCACUACCACCACUACCACCAACCCUCUCUCCCCACCUCCCCCCUCCACCUCAGAAACGACCAACAACACCACCACCACCUUAACCGACACCACACCCACCACUUUAACCGGCACCACACCACCCACCAUCACCACCAACAACAACAAUGCAACCUCCGACGACGUCUCCACCCCAUCAAACCCACUCUCACCUCCUCAACCCGACGAUGACACAACCACCACCACCUCCGAAAUACCCAUCAUCCCAAAACGCCGUCGCAAGCGUAAACACUACCAAGGCACAAUUUCCAUGGUUCUCCGUCCUCACUCCGCUACUCGUUCUUCUUCCUCUCUCCUCGAAACACUCUCUCUCUCCCUCCCUCGUCGCCGCCGUCGCAUCUCCGACCUCUCCAAAGAAUCCCCUCCCCUCGAUAUCGACGCCCUCAUCGCUAUUUCCGUCGGUUUUCCCGUCGACUCACUUACCGAGGAAGAAAUCGACGCUUCCGUUGUUCCCACUCUAGGUAGCACCGACCAGUCUCACUACAUAAGUGUCAGAAACCUUAUACUGUCGAAGUGGAGGUCUAAUGUUUCCUCUCUCAUCACGCGGGAUCACGUGAUGGAGUCAGUCCCCAUUGAGAAGCGUCCCUUUGUUGAUGCUGCAUUUAGGUUUCUUGAUGAUCAUGGGUAUGUCAAUUUUGGACUUACCCCUGAGAUCAAGACAAAGAAAAUGUGUGAUAAUAAUUGUAGUUUUGGUGCUAAUGUUGUUGUUGUUGGGGCGGGGUUGGCGGGACUUUGUUGCGCCCGCCAGCUUCGGUCCAUGGGGUGUAAGGUUGUUGUUAUUGAAGGACGGGGGCGGCCUGGUGGGCGGGUUCGCACUCGAAAGAUGAGUAGUGAUAAGGAAGGAGUUGUAGGUGCUGCUGAUUUGGGUGGCAGUGUAUUGACAGGGAUUAAUGGGAAUCCACUUGGGGUAUUGGCGAGGCAAUUGGAGUUUCCACUUCAUAAGGUGAGGGAUUUGUGUCCUCUUUAUUUGCCAAAUGGAAAAUCAGUUGAUUCUGAGGUUGAUUCUAAAGUUGAGACUGCUUUUAAUAAGUUAUUAGAUAGGGUUUGUAAGCUUAGGCAGGUUAUGAUGGAGGAAAUGAAAUGUGUAGAUGUGUCAUUAGGAACUGCAUUAGAAGCUUUUAGGAAGGUUUUUAAUGUUGGUGAGGGUAAUGAUCCACAGGAGAAAAUGUUGUUGAAUUGGCAUUUAGCUAAUUUAGAGUAUGCUAAUGCUUCAUUGAUGUCGAAUUUGUCCAUGGCGUUUUGGGAUCAGGAUGACCCUUAUGAGAUGGGUGGGGAUCACUGUUUUAUUCCAGGUGGGAAUGAGAGGUUUAUUCGCGCUUUGGCAGAGGAUUUGCCCAUCUUUUACAAUCGCACAGUGGAGAGCAUUAGGUAUGGGGACGACGGGGUGUUGGUUUAUGCAGGUGGGCAGGAGUUUCGGGCUGAUAUGGUUCUUUGUACUGUCCCGUUAGGAGUUUUAAAGAGGGGAGAUAUUGAGUUUGUGCCUCCUCUACCUCAGAAGAAGAGGGAUGCAAUUGAUAGAUUAGGGUUUGGGCUGUUAAAUAAGGUUGCAAUGUUGUUCCCAUAUAAUUUUUGGGGAGGGGAGAUUGAUACCUUUGGGCAUUUGUCGGAAGAUCCUUCGAGGAGGGGUGAGUUCUUCUUGUUCUAUAGCUACUAUUCGGUGUCUGGUGGUCCGCUUCUUGUAGCUCUUGUUGCUGGUGAGGCAGCGAUUGAGUUCGAGAAGGUAUCUCCUGUGGAAUCAUUGGAGAGGGUAAUGGAUAUCUUGAGAGGGAUAUUUCACCCAAAAGGAGUGGAUGUUCCUGACCCUGUUCAGGCAGUUUGCACUCGAUGGGGUCAAGACCGCUUCACUUAUGGAUCAUACUCAUAUGUUGCAAUUGGGGCAUCCGGUGAUGAUUAUGAUAUUCUUGCAGAAAGUAUCGGAAAUGGGCGGGUUUUCUUUGCUGGAGAGGCAACAAACAGGCAAUAUCCGGCUACAAUGCAUGGUGCUUUCCUUAGUGGGAUGAGAGAGGCUGCCAAUAUAUUGAAGGCUGCCAAAAGGAGAUCAUUGAUUCCAACCAAUAAGGCAGAUGAUGUUAGUUCAGAGGAUAUUGAGGAUUUGAGUCGAUUAUUCUUGAAACCCGACUUACAAUUUGGGAGCUUUUCUGUUUUAUUUAAUCCGACAUCAGAUGAUCUUGAAUCUCAUUCACUGUUGAGGGUUGAGUUUGGUGGCGAGAAACUUGAAACUGGUGCUCUGUAUUUGUAUGGUCUGCUUUCAAGGUGUCAAGCCUUUGAGCUGAGCAAGUUGCAAAGCGAUGUCGAUAGGUUAAGUAUAUUGAAUCAGAAGUUCAAUGUGCGAUUAGUAGGCGAAAGAGGAUUAUGCUCUGCUGCAGAAUCACUUAUUGCAGCUGUUAGAGCAAAGGCAUGCUCUAAGGAAGGAUCAGAUGGUAAGAAGUAACAACUGUAAGUUAUAAACAACUGACAUAGAAAGUUUAUUGCUGUACAUUAGUGUUUCUAGGAUGAAUUGCAUAUUACUUUUAUUAGAUUAAGCAAAUUCUUAUGUUAGGAUAGAAAAUUUAUGGGCAUUAAGCUGACCAAUUUGUUUUGGUGUUGUGACUAACCUGUUGGUUGCUGAUGGCUAUCGAAUCCGACGUUGUGAAAUUCACCGAUCAAUGGCCUUUCCUACUUAUUAACCCCUUUGUUA